AAAUACAUCACCCAUCCGACCCCAACCGCAAUGAAUGAUUGGCAUUUCCGUCAAAAUAUAUUACUGACGCCGAGCAGCACCCACAUAUCUUCAGUGCAUACCGGUGCGGUGUGCUCGUGCUGUCAGAAAGUAUGAAAUGCAGGGCUAGAGAAAUCACGUUAUUCUCCUGUACUUUAAUUAUCUUGUGGUAUGUGCAUAGAGUUUCGGAAUCGGUUGUCGUGUACUUCCUCGGUGCAAGAAUAUCAAAAUAACAGGCAUGAAUAACGCAGUUAACUUGUCUCCUUGCAAGGUUAUAGUUCCAGUGCGUAUGCUAUUACCGGUGUUAGAGAAUUGAAGGUUUUGAAGUGAGUUUGAAAGCGGGGAAUGCUUAGAAAUGUUUCUUUCGGGGAUGAAAUCAUACCCAAAAAUUUACACUAUAAAAGCUCACAUUAAUCCUCCCAACUUGAAGUCAAGAUAUACAGAAUAUCAAACGCUUCUCGUCCCUUCUUAAUCGAACUUACAUCCUCGUACAUAUCACUUCCAAACAACCAAAAUGGCAUUCGUUCCACCCCCUCCCCCAAAGACUGCUCUUGCUCGCUACAGAAUGCUGUCACCCACAGCAGCGCUUAGAGUAAGUCCUUUGUGCUUGGGAGCAGGGAACUUCGGAGACGCAUGUAAGUAGACUUGGUGAUAUGCUCCUUCCGAUAGUUACGUUGCUAAGACUUUCCAGGGAAGAAUUUCAUGGGAGAAUGUGAUCAAAAACAAAGCGAGGAGAUAUUGGAUUACUACUAUUCGGCUGGAGGAAACUUCAUUGAUACAGCCAACCAUUAUCAGAAUGGAGAGUCCGAACAAUGGGUCGGCGAAUGGGCUGAAAAGCGUGGAAUUCGAGACCAGCUUGUCAUCGCCACAAAGUACACAACUAGUUUCCGAACUACAGAUAGUGACAAGGAGAUUUGGAUCAACAAUGGUGGAAACGGAUCGAAGUCUCUCCGUGUCUCUGUCGAAGCAAGUUUGAAGAAGUUGAGAACAUCGUACAUUGAUUUACUCUAUAUUCACUGGUGGGACUUUACUUGCUCAAUCCCAGAGCUCAUGCAGUCAUUGAACGCACUGGUAUUAUCCGGAAAGGUUCUAUACCUUGGCAUUUCAGAUACGCCAGCAUGGAUUGUUUCAAAGUGCAAUCAAUAUGCCCGUGAUCAUGGUUUCCGUCAAUUUUCCGUCUAUCAAGGACGCUGGUCCGCCGAGUAUCGCGAUUUCGAGCGUGACAUUAUCGAUAUGGCGGCUGAAGAAGGAAUGGGAUUGGCUCCUUGGGGCACAUUGGGGGGUGGUCACUUCAAAAGCGAAGAACAACGCAAGUCUGAUGAAGGUCGAAAGAUGUAUCCACCUUCAGAAGCGGCCUUCAAGAUCUCGACAGUCCUGGAAAAGAUUGCCGACGAGAAGGAGACAAUAAUUACCAGUGUUGCAAUGGCAUAUGUGAUGAAAAAGGCCAACUUUGUUUGUCCAAUCGUUGGUGGAAGAAAGGUUGAGCAUUUGAAGGGAAAUAUUGAAGCUUUGUCGCUGGAGUUGAGUGAUGAUGACGUUAAACAAAUUGAAGAGGCAAACGCAUUUGAUGUCGGAUUCCCUCAAAGUUUCUUAACAGGAGGACCAAACAAGGUGCAGGGCCCAGGUGAUGUAUACUUGUCGGGAUUGGCUGGAAUAACAGAUCAUGUUCAACCAUAUAAGCCUGUUUCAUCAAACAAGGAGUAAAAUUAGAGAUGAAGGGGGACAGAGUCUGAAGAUAGAGGGAGGGGGAAAGAGAAAGGAGGAAGGAGGAAGGGGAAAGAGGGAGGACCAAUGAGGAGGAACAGUUCAAAUUGAAAACCGAGCGAUACAUUCAUUACAUUACAAUACACAAUACGUUACAUUACAUGCUUUGUCUGAUGUGAUGCUGAUGAAUGGAAUGACACUAGUCAUUGAACCUGCUAUAUUCAUAGCUACUGAUAAAC